UUUUAUUUUGAAAUUGUAGAAAACAAGCAUGUCAGAUGUAGCUACACAGUUAGGAGUCUGAAGUUGGGAAUGCAGUUUUGGUUUGCGCCUACAAGGCACGUCAAAGCAAAGAUACGUUUUCCAGAAGUCUCCGUCGUCAAUGCCCUAACUUCAUUAGCUAUGUCAGAGGAUUUGUUACAGCGAGUCAGGGACCUGGAGGCAGAGGUCCAGAGACUGAAAGCACAGCUUGGAGAGAAGGAUAUGCCUGCAAAUGAGAUGGAGGGCACAACCACAUCCAGUCUGAUUGAGAAAGUAAACCACCCUGAUACUACUGGGGGCACGAAGAAGGGAAAGAAAAAGGGGCAAGAAAGACCAUUUGACUUUUCCACUCAUCCUCGACGCCAUGUAGCCCUACGCUUGGCCUACCUUGGCUGGUCCUAUCAGGGCUUUGCUGUCCAGGAGAACACAGACAACACAGUUGAAGCCAGGCUGUUUGAGGCUUUUCUUAAGACCAAGUUGAUCCAAGAUCGCCAGAGUUCCAACUAUCACCGGUGUGGACGCACUGACAAGGGGGUCAGCGCCUUUUCUCAGGUCAUAUCUAUAGAUUUGCGAUCCAAUCAGUUUUGUGGAGGCUUUGGGGUGACCCUCCCAGCUAAUGUUGGAGCUGGUGCCAAGAUCAAAGAAGAUGCAGUGGAAGUCCUUUAUGUAAAGAUGCUGAACAGAGUCCUUCCUCAAGACAUCCGAAUCCUUGACUGGGCACCUGUUGCGGCGGAAUUCAGUGCACGCUUUGACUGUCGAUCAAGAACUUACCGGUACUACUUUCCCUGCGGAGCUCUGAAUGUGUCGUUGAUGUCAGAGGCAGCCAAACGCUAUGAGGGUACCCAUGACUUCCGCAACAUCUGCAAGAUGGAUGUUGGUAACGGAGUCCUGCAGUUCCAAAGGACCAUCCUGUCUGCAACUAUCCAGCCUGUGUGUCCGCACAGUGUGUCCAGCACCGGGUCACAUGACCUCUAUGUGUUUGAGGUCAAAGGGCUGGCCUUUCUCUAUCACCAGGUGCGUUGUAUGAUGGCUAUCCUGCUCCUCAUUGGACAAAAGUUGGAGACCCCAGAUAUAAUAGAUCAACUCAUGGACGUUGACAACAAUCCCAGGAAACCACAGUACAGCAUGGCAGUGGACUUCCCCCUUGUGCUAUAUGACUGCCAUUUUGAGGGUCUGAGCUGGCUUCAUGAGGCUGAAGAGGUGAGCCAUACCUUGGGGACUUUGCAGCAUCACUGGACACAGAGUGCCGUUAAGACCCAAGUCCUCUAUGGGAUGGUCCAAGGCCUUGGACACGCAGGGGGCGUUCCAUCUACCCAUUGCUGGCUGAUGGAGGGGACUAGACAGAAGAAUUACAAACCUUUACUGGAACGGCCAUGCUGCGAGAGCUUAGAGUCCAGGAUAGAACAUUUUGUUAAACGAGGCAGGCUUGAACGCGAGGAAGGGGAAAAUGGAGGUGAACUGGUGCACAGGGGCAAAAGGUCAAAGCUUUCCCACAACUCCCCUCAUAUGUCAGUUGUCAAGGAAGUGUCAUCCAAUGGUGACACAAAUGACAAACAGGAUUAAUUUCCAGGGAAAUUAGACUUUGC